CUUCUGGUGUCGCCUCGCCUUCAAUGUCCGUUUUUUUCUUUUCCCCUUACCCCACCCCCCUCAAAUAAUCGUAGGCCUAAUUAAACUGAACGAGGUCGACUUGUUGUAGCGUAUUAAGCUAUCGAAUGAAGAUAGACGUUUCUGUACUCGAGUGUUGAUAAUUGUCCUAUUUCAUUAUAACGUYACAUCAAGAAUUCUAUUGAAGCUAAGGAUUAUGGUCCCCAGAUGGGAUUAGAGUGACUGCAUCGUURGCCUGUGUACGUCCGUUCCUACCCCUCCCCCGUGCAGGGAAAAUUCGGGGAGGAAACGGAUGGCUACUACAUCGUCAAAAAUAAAAUGUACAUGAGCWAUUUUYAUAUAUGACAYAUAUCAAAGCACGAUAGAUUAAAGUUCUACUUUCGGAGASARUAUGAAUGGGUCCAAAUUUCCACUGUUCCUGAGCAUGAAAACAAACAAUGACGUCAUAAUGAAAUAGGGCAAUUGCAAUAAUAACUAAAACCAAAGAUAAAUAGAGCAAAAAUAAAUGACAAAAAAAGAUAAAAAUUAUUCGCAAAUGUAAGCCUAUUAAGUUUUUGUUUCUCUCAUAAAAGAGAUCAAAAUCUAGCUAAUUGAAAAUUGCUAUUUACGAAUAUGAUUAUAUGAAUAAUUAUAGUGUUUCUAAGUUAUAAAAAUUUAGCCGUCACUCCUURACGUUUGUUCAGGUUUCUGAGUAGCGCCGGCUAAUCAAUUGUCAAUAUUUUCAAGUAUUUUUGUAAUUAUUCUUAAAGUUUCUUUUAGGCGCACCGCGGCUURGAACAUACAAUCACUUUAACUGUAAAACUGUGUCGGACGAUAGCAUUUAUUACUUAUGAGUAGAUUCCUUUUGGGAAUCUUUUUAUUGAUGUCGUGUGGUGAAUUCACUUUAGAAAAGGCUGAUCCCGCWCUCCUAGGWGAUUUUGUUAUCUGUAARAAAUACAGUUGACUCUCAAGCCAUUUUCAUAAUUGUUAUUGUGUUAUUUGCCGACUUUUCGCAAACUUGUGAUCUCAAAUCAUGUUGAGUUUUAUUAAACCAAUGUUAAAAUUUGUUUGRUAUUAAAAAGAUUUCCCGCAACCGUAUUUGAAUUUGAAUUUAGCUCAAAAUUAUAGAUUUUCGGCUGAUUUGGCAUUUUAUUCGCAGUGCGCAUGUCUGUAUUUUUUAUCUUCUUAUUGCACUUGCGCAGUAGCAARAUUUUUUGUUGAGCCGCCGAAAAUAACUUCCGCUGAUCUAAUUGGUGGUUUUGUCCAUUCCGACGCCAUGUUGUUUUCUUGAUARCAUCCAGUGAUCAAAAAAUUUCGGAUCUUUUUUAUCAGUGUGCCAGGCUUAAAGCUAUUAGCAGAAAAAAAUCGUGAAAGUUAUGUUUAUUGAAUUGGUUUCUUCUUGAACUUGCCUCUUGAGACGCCUGUUUGCUCGCAGAGACCGUUUACCCGCAAAGAGUGAUGGGAAUUUGCGGGGAGGAAUGACGUCAUGUCGUGGCAAUGGGAGUCAAGCCGACAUUGAAAUAUCAACAACAGUAGUGUUUCGAUGUAGCGGUCAAUCAGAUUUCAGACUAUUUGAAUGCUAGAUUAGACUUUUAAUCUACAACACUCCGCUUCGAGUCUUGUAAUCACCGGACGACAAUAGUCCUUAAUCGCACGGCGCACAUGAAUUCCGAUAUUUUAUAUAUAUCCCUUUUUAUCACAAAAGAUUUUUCCAAUAGUAUAAAUAAUGAUAAUUCUAAUAAUUUGUAAAAAAGUCUUGAAAGGUUGAGAUCCAUGACAGUCAAAACAGAGCGGGGAAAUUGUCAUUUUCUCGUGCGUCUUUGAUGAUAAAAGUGUCCGAAUAGACUUAUCUGACUAGUGAUCACUUCUCUUAGAUSAAAAAUUUGAUAUAAUUGAAUUCAUGAAUUAUAUAAAUAGACUCRAGCUUUUGCUUUGGGUUUUCUGCAUAAACAUACCGCCAAUAUAAAUAAUGUUUUUUAAUAUACUAGAUUUGUUUAUACAAUAGAGCAUUUUCAAACUAAAAUAUGAUUAAAAAUAUCGUUUAAUUUAUGAAUAAUUUCGCGUCUAGUCUAAUAUGUAAUAUAACUACCCACUCCCCCCUGAUCUCCAGCUCUAAGUUUUAAUUAAACCUAAUGAGAUCCAAUAAUUAUAUYUCGAGUAGUUUGGCAUGAAAAUUGUUUGGGUUGGGUUUUAGAUUUUUUUACCUUGGUUCAAGACGUUUUUCUCUUCUUUUCUAGAUGUUUCUGUUUUGUAUUUAUCAUAUUUUUGCUUUGAAUUUUACACUUUUAAGACACCAGAAGAAGGCGACGUAACUCCAGCAGCAAGCAUCGUAAAAAUAAAGUAGCUAAAGCAAAAAAUACCAAAAAUACAACUGACAAUAACGUCUGAAAAAUACGAGAACCUCUGGAACCUUCUAAACGGGGAUAUGUACUUUACGAGAGUUAGUAAAACUGAAUCGGAAAAGUUUGCAUGUAUUUAAUUCAUUUCUAUGGUUUUCACUAAGUAUAUGAAUCGAUGUAUCUUUGCAUUCCAGAAAUUCACCGGCAUAUUUUCCAGCAUUUAUAAUGAUUUAUUUUCAUUCCCAGCUCUGUUUUUUAUACAUUUAGAAGAUUUUUGGGGGCCUCCAUGGAUUUGAUUUUUUUUACUUGCAUUUUAAAGUAUCUAGAGCAUAUGAAUGGUUUUUCAGCAUAUGAAUAUUUUGGGGCAUUUUAUUGGUUUCUCGGCAUUCAAAUGGUUUUUCAGCAUUUGAAUGGUAUUUCGGCAUUCAAAUGGUUUUACAGCAUUUGAAUGGUAUUUCGGCAUUUGAAUGGUUUUGUAAGCUUAAGUAUUGUCAGUAUUAGAAAGGCUUUUUUAACAUUUGAAUGGUUUUCAGCUUUUGAAUGUUUUUUCCCCCUUAUAUAAAAGGUUUCUCAGCGUUUGAUGGGUUUCUUGACAUUUUUUCGCGCUUUUGUAAUCAUCUUUUAUGGUCAAGAUAUUGAAAAGCUGUAGUUUCAGUGGUAUCGCUGGRUAUAUUGUGUCCCAAACGGCUGCACGGCAAGUGUUUAAAUUAAUCUUUUAAAGGAUGAGAUAGCGUUUCAGUUGUAAAUUAGUUUCUUACAUGCGAUUUAGAAAGAUUGAGAACAGGGGGUACUUAUWUAUUGUACAAAAUUGAAAAGAAAAUAUGCAGUCAUUCCUUUUAUUCUUUUAAUGCAUCGAUAUUAAAGUAUCAAGUUUUUCUUUUGUAAAACAGCGGUUUUCCUAUCAGAUUUGUAAUGUUUUAUUCAUAAAUCGGACUGUAAUUUUCAAUGAUUUGUGGUUUGGGGUUUUAUAUUUCAAAAGCUAGCUYACUAUAAAUCAAUUAUUGAAUCCGCUAUAGUUACAAGAUUACAUCACGCAAAAUCAAUGUCAUCUGUGAUAACAGUUKACAUAACGAAAUACAUUUUUACAACAAAAAGUACUUGACGUCACUUGCUAUACUUAUACUUCUUUAUCAGCAUACAUUUAACUUUAUUUUUUUUCUUACAAUUUAUUUUUACAAAUUGAAUUUUUUUUUUGUCACUAAUUUAUUGAAAGUUGAAUGCAGAUUGUUUAGUUUAUGCAAAUAUUUCCACACCCGAUUAUCAAUGCAAAUUUUCKAUAGCCAUGAAUAUGAAUUUCUAAUCAUCCAACAAUUUUYAUACUUCUCGCAUGAUUAGAUUCGACGUGAAAUUCUACUGUCGUGGUCUCAUUACGUGGUACUCAUCACCGUUUUGUAUCGUCAUUGUCGUCUAUAAUAACUUCUAAUACGAAUUCGRGGAUCAUAUACCCGAAAUUGCUUGUAAAUAUCAAGCUUUAAGCUACAUUAAUGAUUGACAUUUAAAGCUACAAGAAAAGUCGUUUGUCUCUAUGUUAUUAACCUUGGGUUACCUUGAUAUAUAAGUUAUAUAAACACUAGCGUUCUAGGAUCUGUAUAUCAACGAAAAAAGUCGUGCGAACACAGGAUYCAAUUUCACUGUCUACCAAAAGCGCUUGAAGCACUAAGGGAUCAUAACAAAGCAAGUAAAAGGUAUGGUAGACACACCAGAUUCUGUGUGUCUGAAAUGCUUUACUACUUUGUGCUGUUGCGUUUCUUCUUGGUGGAAACAAAUGACAUAAACUCGACAAUAUCAAGAAAUGGAUGGAGAGAGGAGAUAUGGAGAAAGUUCACCACCGAAAGAUCACUAUUUCUCAACUAAAAACUCGUUUAGAAUGGAAAACGGCAGUCAAAACAACAACACGACUCCUCUUGCACCAAUGGAGACCGAGCGACCGAGGGGUUGUUGUGCAAGUCUUCUGGACUUUAUUCGUCAUGAUAAUGAACAUUCUCUUUACUGUCUUUCAACUACAAACCCCGCAAGACGACUUUGUCGGUUUAUAGUGGACUCCAAAGCGUUUGAAUAUUUCAUUUUAUUAAAUAUUGUUGCGAAUUGUGUUGUACUGGCCAUGAAUAAGCCUCUUCCUAAAAACGAUAAAAUUGAAAUGGCGGUGGAUUUGGAAAAGGCAGAGCUCUAUUUUCUUGCGAUAUUUUGUAUUGAGGCUUUUUUGAAAAUUGUGGCUUUUGGCUUCGUACUGCACCCUGGCUCCUAUCUACGAAAUCUUUGGAAUGUAUUGGAUUUUAUCGUGGUCUUAGUAGGAAUCUUUAGUUUAGAACAAUUGCCGUGGAAUGAAAAUAAUKUCUUUGAUGUGAAAGCUCUUCGUGCUGUCCGAGUGUUGCGACCUCUCAAGCUCAUAUCAGGAGUCCCAAGUCUACAAGUUGUUAUGAAGUCUAUUGGACGUGCAAUGGUACCCCUUCUACAAAUCGCCUUAUUAGUUCUAUUCGUUAUUGUAAUAUAUGCAAUCAUUGGUCUAGACUUUUUAAUUGGGAAAUUUCACUAUACGUGCGUCAAGAAUACAACUGAWGGAGUUAAAUGGCUAUCAAAGACAAAUCCCCAACCUUGUGAUGGUGGUGGUAAAUUUCAUGGUUUGCGUAGUUUCCUUCACGGCAGAAAGUGCAAUGAGUCUGCUGGUUAUAACUGCAGUAAGGUGUGGGUAGGACCUAACCACGGCAUCACGUCAUUUGAUAAUAUUGCUCUUAGUAUGAUAACAGUAUUCCAGUGUAUUACAAUGGAGGGCUGGACUGAGAUYAUGUAUUUGACAUUUCAAGCUAUAGACCUUUAUGGCUACCUUUAUUCUAUCUACUUUGCGACACUUAUUGUGAUUGGCUCGUUUUUUAUGCUCAAUUUAGUCCUUGGUGUUUUGAGCGGAGAAUUCGCAAAAGAGAGAGAAAGAGUCGAAACGCGCAGAGCGUUUUUCAAAGUAAGACGGCAGGAGCAGCUCGAGCGAGAAGUUGCUGGUUACAUCGAAUGGAUUAGCAAAGCAGAGGAAGUAAUGACGAAAGAAGCUCGUAAAGGUGAUGUUAGACAUAUGUCAGAGCCAAGUGAGUCUCAGGCUCACGUGAUCAGUAAUGAUCUCGUUGUCAACCCAAUGGCAGUUCUCACCAAACCUGUUGGUAACGGCUACCGACUCAAUGUCCCAGAAAGAACAAGUAGAAUGGACCGAUUCCAUAACCUCGAAAGUCAAGUCCGUAUCAAACUCCGAAAAGCCGUCAAGUCGCAGUGGUUUUAUUGGACGAUUCUUUUGUGCGUCUUUUUAAACACAGUAUCCUUAGCAACAGAACAUAAUAACCAACCUCCUUGGCUCGGGGAAUUUCAAGAAUGGGCCGAGCGAAUAUUUCUAAUCAUAUUUAUAGUAGAGAUGAUUUUAAAGAUGUACUCGUUGGGAAUGCGAAUCUACUUUUCUUCGAGUUUUAAUAUUUUUGAUUGUGUGGUGGUAUGCUCUGGUAUAAUUGACACAAUUUUAGGUGAACAAUUAAACCUAAACCUUGGUAUUAGUGUUUUACGGUGCUUAAGACUUCUUAGAAUAUUUAAAGUCACAAGACAUUGGACGUCAUUACGUAACUUAGCAACGUCGCUGAUCAGCAGCAUCAAGUCAAUCAUCAGCUUGAUAUUCUUAUUGUUUUUGUUUAUCUUAAUAUCUGCGUUACUUGGUAUGCAAGUCUUCGGCGGAAAGUUCAGUGAAAAAAGUACGCCGAGAACGAACUUCGAUAAUUUUCCAAAUGCAAUGUUAACAGUUUUCCAGAUUCUAACGGGAGAAGAUUGGAACGCAGUCAUGUAUAAUGGUAUGAUGGCCUAUGGUGGUCCACAUACGCUGAGUGGUGUUGCUGUUAGCCUAUACUUUGUAUUUCUGGUUAUCAUAGGGAACUAUACACUUCUGAACGUAUUCUUGGCCAUUGCAGUUGAUAAUCUAGCCAACGCUCAGAUCUUAACAGAGGACGAAGAGAAUGAGAAAAAAGAGCGCGAAAUAAAAAGAGCCAAAACGAAAGAAAUGUAUUCUACGAAAUCAGUAGAAAAUCGGCAAGAGCCUAAAMGGAUUAGUCACUGGGGAAAGACAAAGUCAAUACCAAAAAUAUUACAGUUAAAGAAUAAACUUAUUCAGAAUAAAGAGCUGAAUGAUGUSAACGACAUUGAAGGAGGAACGGGUCGAAACGAUGCAAAAAGAUUUUCCGAGAGUCUCGGCAAGAAAAUCGAGCUCUAUCGCCGUGAAGAUAGUUUGUACUCCAAGAAAGGCAAUGGUCAAAUCAGCGGAGGAGAAGGCAAUACUUUAGAUGAGAAUUCUGGUCGAAUAAAGCGACGAGUUCGAGAACAGAGGGGUGGACGGUUAGGACGUGGAAGAGGAGGAAGAGGAAAAAGUCAGAGUGAUGGCGAAGGAGUCAAAACAGAAGAAGAAGAAGAUGAGGAUGGGGAAAUCACUGCUAGUAACUUCAUGCAUGUUUUAAAGACGGGACGCUUUGGAAAUCGUCGACGUCGCACACCCAAAGAUGUCCAGAUCAUCAAAACAAGAGCAUUGUUUAUUUUUGGGCCUGACAAUUGCUUUCGUCGUCUUUGUCAUCGUAUCGUUUGCCUUCCUCACUUUGAUAAUUUCAUGCUGAUUGUUAUUAUGCUGAGUAGUUUGGUUAUCGCUAUUGAAAACCCUGUGUACGACUAUGCGGAAAUCAACCAGUACCUUUGGUACUUCGACUGUGUUUUUACAGCUAUAUUCGUCUUUGAAGUCGUCGUAAAGGUCAUCGAUAUGGGCCUAAUAAUCCACAAAGGAGCAUAUUUGCGAAGUGUUUGGAACAUCAUCGACUUCAUUGUAGUCAUAUGCAACCUUGCAUCAUUGAUUCUGUCGAAGCAAGAUAAAGGAAAAACCAAUAGAAUUGGUAGCUCUGCAAUUCGAGCGCUUCGGGUCAUGCGGGUUUUGCGUCCCUUUAAAAGUGUGCAUAAAAUCAAGAAAUUGCAGGCUGUUUUUCGUUGUAUGUGGUUCUCCGUGAAGAACGUCGCCAACAUCGGRAUGAUUACUGUGUUAUUCUUGUUUAUCUUCGCUGUAAUGGGUGUUCAGCUAUUCAAUGGAAAGUUCAGCUACUGUACRGACGAAGCAAAGCUCACUCAAGAGGAAUGCCAAGGACAGUACUUACAGUACCAAGAAGUUGAUGGUAAACUAGGCAAGCCAGAGGUUAAAGAACGCAAGUGGAAAACCAGGGUAUUUAACUUCGAUGACGUAGGGCAUGCCAUGCUUACACUGUACACGUCAUCUACGGGCGAAGGUUGGCCGACUGCUAUGCAUUACACCAUGGAUACCACAGAGAAGGGACGCGGGCCGGUCCAAGAUAGUAACACGCCCUACGCUAUCUACUACGUUAGCUUUGUCGUCGUUUUUUCCUUCUUCUUCCUCAACAUCUUCGUCGCUCUGAUUAUUUUGACUUUUCAAGAUCUCGGAGAAAAGGAGAUCUUAAAUUGUGAGCUGGAUCGAAACCAGAGAGACUGCGUCCACUUUGCGCUAACAGCUAAACCAGUUCAAUUGUACAUGCCGAACAAUAAGAAGACGUUUCAGUACUAUGUAUGGAUGUUGGUGACGUCGAAGCCCUUUGAGAUCUUGAUUAUGGUGUUGAUUUCACUUAAUACUAUAGUUCUUAUGAUGCAGUACGAUGGCCAGCAUAAAGACUACAAAAGCGUGUGUUCAAAGCUCAACAUCGCGUUCACUGCUUUGUUCGUUGUAGAGGCUGCUUUGAAACUCAUCGCUUUUAGAUUGAAUUACUUUCGUGACUAUUGGAAUGAUUUCGAUUUCAUCGUUGUACUCGGAGGACUUGCUGAUAUUAUAUUGACUUUUUUAGACAGAGAAGACAUACCGAUUGAUCCCAGUAUGUUUAGGUUAUUCAGAGCAGCACGACUUAUAAAAUUACUACGGCAAGGAUACACAAUACGAAUACUGCUSUGGACUUUCUUUCGCUCAUUUAAGGCUUUGCCCUAUGUCACUCUUCUUAUUCUUCUGAUGUUCUUCAUGUACGCCGUCAUAGGGAUGCAGCUGUUUGGAAAAAUAGAUAUUCACCAAGAGGACUCCGCAUUGACCGAGUUCAACAAUUUCCGGCAUAUGCCAAUGGCAGUCCAAGUUUUAUUCAGGUCAGCGACUGGUGAAAACUGGCAUGAAAUCAUGAGGUCUUGUUUUGAUGGUGCAAAGUGCGAUCCYUGCAUCAAUGAAGAGAAUCCUACGAGUUGUGAUCCCAAGACAGCCCCAAGUUUGUCAGAAGAUUGUGGAAAUACACCACUUGCUGUGAUCUAUUUUUGCUCGUUCAUCUUCCUGUGUAUGUUUCUGAUGCUGAAUCUGUUUGUUGCUGUCAUCAUGGACAAUUUUGAAUAUUUGACGAGAGACGAGUCAAUCCUAGGCCCUCAUCAUCUGGACGAGUUUGUUCGAGUGUGGUCUGAGUACGAUCCAAGUGCAAGGUCGACGAUAAUGGCGCCGUUACGUUUAGCACUACGUUAUUUGCGCUAAUACGGACGUCUUUGAAUAUCAAACUAAAAGGAAACAUGAACGCAAACGAUACGGAACUCAGAAAUCUUAUGAAGAGACUGUGGCCUAACGCUACGGGGAAAAACGUCUUGGAUAAACUAAUACCCAAGCAGUCAGUUCUUAGUAGUCAACAGAUGACCAUUGGUAAAAUCUACUGUGCAAAACUUAUUCACGAGAAUUAUAAAUACAGCAAAAGUAAAGCACAAGGAGGAAUUGAGCGGGGAUUUCUGAGAAAACUCGUGGCUGGCUCUAUGCGGGGUUAUCACGAUGACAAUGCGCAAGGAGACAAAGUCGGCUACAACCCAGGCCCKCUCAGACCAAGAAGUAGAACCCUGGACGACCCCCAUGGUAACCCUGGUCAUUACUCAAGAGCACCGUCUGAUGUCUCGUCAAAUCACCAUGAAUAUCAUCCAAAUUCAGUUUCCCGGUCGCAAAGUUGGAGCUCAAAAGCCAAUGGAGAUCUUGAAAUGAUCGAACUUAAGCCAGUACCAACAAAAAAGUCACGGAAUGGCAAGCCAAGGAYAUCGGAUGAAGGAUCAAAUAAACCGAUURUACCGUUGCAAUAUCUAACCGUCUCGCCUAAAAUUGAUAGAAAGGGUAGAAAUAACAGCUAUAGUAUCGCCGUAGAUUUAAACCCACGUGAUCAAGACAGUGAAAGAGAAGCCAGUCCUAAAAAGGGACAACCGGAAGUGUCAGAAAUUCGAAGACUUUCCCGUGACUCUAAGUAUUAUGACGACAUGAUAUCCCGUAUCAAUGAACAACUGACUCAUGCCGUGGAAAGCGGUCAAAGUCCAUAUGCCAUAUAUGGCAUGAGCGAAAAUGACGAAAACGAAUGGUGCUGACGUGUCGCGAUUCAAUUCGUUAAAACCGAAGGGAAGAAAAUCUCGGAAUAUGGCGGUGGUGGAUCGUACAAACUUGUUGAAGAGACGAUUAUGAGACAUUGCGCUCUUGAUCUACAAUUGCAAAAGUAACAAGUAAUAUAUUCGAAGAUAUUGAGAAAAUGGAACCGUCCUGACACAGGAUACCGCUGAUUUAAAUAGUCACGGACGACAGUAUGUCAUAGUCACGUGCAAAAGGACAUGAGUGACGUCACGUGUAACGUCACGGCCUCGUUUAGGUGCCGCUUCUAAAGCUUCCUAUAUAUUUUAUAAAUGUGCAGAAAGCGAUUAACUCCUGAAAGGGUUAUAGAGAUUAUUAUAUAACAGAAUGGGAGCCUCCAUUAAAACGGGGCCAUUCGAUAUUCUAUAUAAAUUAUAAAUGCCAUUAAAGUGGUAUUUAAUUUAUUAAUUUUGAUAUAUUCAUUCCGUAUAGAUAGUCAUCCAAAAUGGACUGCAGACACGAAAUCUGUUAAAUACAAUUACUAUUUGGUACAAAG